AGUAACAGCGAGCGUCUAGUGUGUUUUGCUCUCUCCACCGUCCCUCAUUCUAGAGCUCGAUUUUGCUCUCCCAAUCUCCCCCACCGAGCCCCUCCCCAUCCCUGGCACCUUGCUUGCGUUAUCUCCCGGCGUCUUUCUUUGCAGUGUGUGCAUUGGUGUUUUGCCUUUUUCUCCCCCCUCUCCCUCCCGGUUUGUUCCAUUAUCAUUUUUUCCCUGAGUUGGGGAGGGAGUGAGAAGCCGGGGGGAAGAGAGAGAAUCGAUCCUCUAUCCCGAAGAUGGCUGCUGGCUGGCUGCUAGUCUUUAGUCUGACACUUUUCCAAUCUUUGCUGAUCAACCCUUCAUCGGAAGAACCUUUUCCUUCGGCAGUCACUAUCAAGUCAUGGGUGGAUAAGAUGCAAGAUGAACUUGUCACACUGGCAAGGACAGCAAGUGGAGUGACCCAACUCCGAGAUAUUUAUGUUAAAUACAAGGACUUGUAUACUGUGGAACCCAACAACGCACGUCAGCUGGUAGAAAUUGCAGCCAGGGAUAUUGAAAAACUACUGAGCAACAGAUCCAAAGCCUUGGUGCGUCUGGCUACCAAAGCAGAGAAAUUUCAAGCAGCUCAUCAGUGGCGGGAUGAUUUUGGGAGUAAUGAAGUUGUCUACUACAAUGCAAAAGAUGAUUUUGAUGAGGCGGUGGAUGGCCCUUUUUGUCGCGAGUCCCUCGAAGUCGUCCUGGAUCCUUGCGCUGCUUGUAAUGGCCAUCAGUUACCAUUGAUCAUUGUCCGUGAUCGCUGUUGCUGUGUACGAUCAACAAUUGUUUUGAAUGAACUCAACUGGACAAGUGCCUUAGAUGAAGUUUUCAAAAAAAAUCGAGAUGAAGAUCCUACGUUGCUGUGGCAGGUGUUUGGCAGUGCUACAGGCCUGGCCAGAUAUUAUCCAGCUUCUCCAUGGGUUGAUAAAACUCGAACACCAAACAAGAUUGAUCUUUAUGAUGUGCGAAGAAGACCAUGGUAUAUCCAAGGAGCUGCAUCUCCCAAAGACAUGCUUAUUCUAGUUGAUGUGAGUGGAAGUGUCAGUGGAUUAACUCUCAGGCUGAUUCGCACUUCUGUCUCAGAAAUGUUGGAAACCCUUUCUGAUGAUGAUUUUGUGAAUGUAGCUUCAUUUAACAGUAAUGCCCAGGAUGUGAGCUGCUUUCAACAUCUUGUCCAAGCUAACGUAAGAAACAAGAAAGUGCUGAAAGAUGCUGUGAACAACAUCACUGCUAAAGGCAUCACAGAUUAUAAAAAAGGCUUUAGUUUUGCUUUUGAACAGUUGCUAAAUUAUAAUGUUUCUAGAGCCAACUGUAAUAAGAUCAUCAUGUUGUUUACGGAUGGAGGAGAAGAGAGAGCACAAGAGAUUUUCACCAAAUAUAAUAAAGACAAAAAAGUACGUGUAUUCACCUUUUCAGUUGGUCAACAUAAUUAUGACAGAGGACCAAUACAGUGGAUGGCCUGUGAAAACAAAGGUUAUUAUUAUGAAAUUCCCUCCAUUGGAGCAAUAAGAAUCAAUACUCAGGAAUAUUUGGAUGUCCUGGGAAGACCAAUGGUUUUGGCAGGAGAUAAAGCCAAACAAGUCCAGUGGACCAAUGUAUACUUGGAUGCACUGAACCAGCUGAUUCUUGGUGUGAUGGGAGUUGAUGUGUCUUUAGAAGAUAUCAAAAGACUUACACCACGCUUUACACUUUGUCCAAAUGGUUAUUAUUUUGCAAUUGAUCCUAAUGGCUAUGUGUUGCUCCAUCCUAAUCUUCAGCCAAAGCCUAUUGGUGUAGGUAUACCAACAGUUAAUUUAAGAAAAAGAAGGCCCAAUGUACAGAAUCCUAAAUCUCAGGAGCCUGUCACAUUGGAUUUCCUGGAUGCUGAAUUGGAGAAUGAUAUCAAAGUGGAGAUUAGAAAUAAAAUGAUAGAUGGAGAGAGUGGAGAAAAAACAUUUAGAACACUGGUUAAAUCUCAAGAUGAGCGCUAUAUUGACAAAGGAAACAGAACAUAUACAUGGACUCCUGUGAAUGGCACAGAUUACAGUUUGGCCUUGGUAUUACCAACCUACAGUUUUUACUAUAUAAAAGCCAAAAUAGAAGAGACAAUAACUCAGGCCAGAUAUUCAGAAACACUGAAACCUGAACACUUUGAAGAAUCUGGAUAUACAUUUAUAGCACCAAGAGAAUAUUGUAAUGAUUUAAAACCAUCAGAAAACAACACUGAAUUUCUCUUAAACUUCAAUGAGUUCAUUGAUCGAAAAACACCAAACAACCCAUCAUGUAAUGUGGAUAUGAUCAAUAGAGUAUUGCUGGAUGCUGGUUUUACGAAUGAGCUGGUCCAAAAUCAUUGGAGUAAGCAGAAAAACCUCAAGGGAGUAAAAGCUCGUUUUGUUGUGACUGAUGGUGGAAUUACCAGAGUAUACCCCAAAGAGGCUGGAGAAGAUUGGCAAGAAAAUCCAGAAACAUAUGAAGAUAGUUUCUAUAAACGGAGUCUGGACAAUGACAACUAUAUUUUCACUGCUCCCUACUUUAACAAAAGUGGAUCAAGUUCCUAUGAAUCAGGGAUUAUGGUAAGCAAGGCUGUGGAGAUAUACAUUGAUGGAAAACUCCUUAAACCUGCAGUUGUUGGAAUAAAAAUAGAUGUUAACACCUGGAUAGAGAAUUUCACCAAGGCCUCAAUAAGGGAUCCGUGUGCUGGUCAAGUUUGUGAUUGCAAAAGAAACAGUGAUGUAAUGGAUUGUGUAAUUCUAGAUGAUGGAGGAUUCCUUUUAAUGUCAAAUCAUGAUGAAGAUACUAACCAGAUUGGGAGAUUUUUUGGAGAGAUUGAUCCAAGCUUGAUGAGACACCUCAUUAAUGUGUCUGUGUAUGCCUUUAACAAAUCCUAUGAUUAUCAAUCCGUUUGUGACCCUGGUAGUGCACCAAAACAGGGAGCAGGAAAUCGUUCAUCAUAUGUGCCAUCUAUAGCAGAUAUUUUGAACAUCGGCUGGUGGGCCACUGCUGCUGCAUGGUCUAUCCUACAACAGUUGAUUUUGAGUUUGACUUUUCCCCGGCUUCUUGAGGCAGUGGAUAUGGAUGAUGAUGAUUUUUCUGCUGUGCUAUCAAAGCAGAGCUGCAUUACUGAACAAACUCAGUAUUUCUUUGACAAUGAUAGUAAAUCAUUUAGUGGGGUAUUGGACUGUGGAAACUGUUCCAGAAUAUUUCAUGUAGAAAAACUCAUGAACACCAACUUAAUAUUCAUAAUUGUUGACGGCAAAGGGACAUGUCCUUGUGAUACGCGGCUACUAAUCCAAGCAGAACAGACUUCUGAUGGACCUGAUCCUUGUGAUAUGGUUAAACAACCCAGAUACCGAAAGGGACCUGAUGUAUGCUUCGAUGACAAUAAAAUGGAAGAUUUUACAGAUUGUGGUGGGGUUUCUGGACUGAACCCAUCGCUGUGGUCCAUGAUAGGAAUCCAGUUUGCACUGCUUUGGCUAUUAUCUGGCAGUAGACAUUGCCAGUUAUGACCUUAUGAAACCAAAAUCUGCAUAACUGAUCUCAAGACCCUGCCAAAACAAAAGCCCUGUUUAAUUACAAAAGGGUCAAUUACUCAGACAGCAGAAAAUCAGCUGUUCUCAAAACAACAUGGUAUAUAACUCUAUGUGAAAGACUCAUUAGGCACCCACAGUGGCUGCAUGUUGGAGUGUCCGACCCUUAAACUUGUGUGAAUGCUGCAUCAUCUAUGCUGUCAAAGCAGAAUCCUAGAUGUUCUUUACUGAGGAAUCCGAUCUUUUUGUUGUUGCUGGAUCAUUGAUGACUUCAUGUAAAAGGGCUCCCCCCCCUUAAAAUGGUUUUCUUAAUCCAAUCAUUUCUCUAGCUUUUGAUCGAUAUAUCAACUCAUUUUUGCUCCUCUUUUUUUUUUUUUAAAAUCAGGAUUUCCAGAAACCAAAUUUAUUUUACUUUCAAAUUUGACUAUUAAAAGCUUCAAAUAUAAGUUGUGUUGAAAACAAAAUCAGAGAUGAAUUACAAGUGGCCAAAUGAAAUAAAUAUGAUUACUGGCUAGUCUUUGACUAAACUUCACUGAGUGAAAAUGCCUUAUAAAGAGUGGCUUAUUCUGUCAAAAAUAUAUAUUUAAAAGAAUGAUCAGCUAAGUUUUGGGGGAAUCGGUUGGUUUUAAACAGUUGGUUUAAAUAUAAAAAAAAAAACCUAUCAAAUUACUAAACUAAAGGUGCUUGAGGGUUAGCUAUUUCAGUCAUCUACAUAUUUUCCAGAUAAAUAUCAUCCCUUCAAACAAGAACAGUUCAGAUUAAUGUCCCCUCUUUUCACAGUACAGUUGUCUAAUGCUAGCCAAA